GAGCAAGAGUCGCAGCGCCUCGAGGCGUACCAGCGGCAGCGGAGUCGCUGUAAGCGCGCCGGCGGCGAGUGCGCGCGGGAGGCGUUGCCGGCGUGGGCGGCGGGCGGCAAGCUCGUCGGGAAGCCGCUGCUGCCGCAAGGGGCGUGCAAGUGCUCCGUCCCGACCGAGAGGGAGCUCUAG